AUGCCACCAUCCCUAACCUCCCGUGCCUUAGGCUCCAUAUGGGGAGUCUGCGUCGGCGACGCACUAGGCGGGCCAGUGCAAUUCAUGGACCCAGGCGCCUUCGAGCCCAUCACCGGUCUAGAAUACGUGCAACCCUUUCAACAGCCCGCAGGAUCCUACUCCGACGACGGUUCCAUGACUCUAGCCCUAGCGCAAUCCAUCAUUGACUCGCAUGGCCAAUACAACCAUGCCUUGUCGAUCCAGUAUUUCGUAGACUGGUUCACCACCGGCCGGUUCAGCACGAUCGACCGCGCCUGGGACGUCGGUGCCUCGACACGCUCUGCGCUCCAAAGCUGGAGGAAACGGGGCACGAGCGAUCUUCAACGUGUCCAGGAUGUAAUCAAUCAGAAGCUGGAUGUGGAGCAAAGCUCAGGGAACGGGAGCUUAAUGAGAAUUGCCCCCAUUGGACUAGCUUUGUGGCGCGAUCCGGGGGAAGCGAGAAGAGUCGCUAGAGAGCAGAGUCGGGUUACGCAUCCUGUGCUGGGUUGUCUGGAGGCUUGUGAGGUUUAUACGCUUUUGAUUUGUGGGGUUUUGAGUGGUAUGCUUUUUUCUUUCUUUUUCUGGUUCGAUUUUGUUUUCUUCGCUUUUUAUCCUCUGGUUCUGGUAUGGGGUUUCCAUGUUUGUUUGCGGUUUAGCCUUUGA